AUGGCACCAGGCUUUCACCAGUGGGCAAGCGGGCUGCCUGCUGCUCCCAGACCGCAGCGAGACUUCGCUCGAUCACGUCGUGUGGAAGAAUUAUAUAUAACCCGUGGUAUUUGGGUGUAUGCCCGGAUGUCGGAAGUCUUAGGAAUAACAGAUGACAGCCAUGUUCUGGAGACAUUCACGACAAAAAUUGUUACCAAUCUUAAAUACCGGGGACGAUGUGAGCCCGUGAUUUCAAGAACUCUUCAGUUUCUAAAUGACCUUUCUGUCGGUUACAGUCUCCUGAAAAGGCUUGUGAAAAUGGAGGCUGUGAAAUUCAUGCUUCAGAAUCACACAAGUAAGCACUUCCCUUUUCUGGGCAUCGGUGAUAAUUACAGCCUCAGUGAUCUUAGGUGCCGGACAGUGUUCUACACCGCUCUCACUCGUCUUCUCAUGGUAGAUUUAGGUGAAGACGAGGAUGAGUUUGAGAAUUUCAUGCUCCCCCUCACAGUUUCAUUUGAAAAUGUGACUCAGAUAUUCAACAGUAGUUUUGACCAAGAAGAAGCAAAGCGUAUGUUGAUCGGGCUGGCAAGGGAUCUUCGCGGGAUUGCCUUUGCGCUGAACACAAAGACCAGCUACACCAUGCUGUUUGACUGGAUAUACCCUGCAUACAUUUCUGUUCUGCAAAGAGCUAUUGAACUGUGGUACCGGGAACCUGCGUGUACAACCCCUAUCUUGAAGCUGAUGGCAGAAUUUAUGCAAAACAGAUCACAACGCUUAAAUUUUGAUGUAUCAUCUCCAAAUGGAAUUCUUCUCUUCAGAGAAGCUAGUAAAAUGAUUUGUACAUACAGUAAUCAGAUCCUCUCUCUUGGGACUUUGUCAAAAGAUCAGGUUUAUCCGUUGAAACUCAAAGGCAUUUCCAUCUGUUACUCUGCACUCAAAUCUGCCUUAUGUGGAAAUUAUGUCAGCUUUGGCGUCUUCAAGUUGUACGGGGACAACCACUUUGACAAUGUACUUCAGGCCUUUGUCAAAAUGCUGCUUUCAGUAUCCCACAGUGACUUGCUACAAUAUCGAAAACUAAGCCAGUCUUAUUACCCACUUUUGGAGUGUCUGACCCAAGAUCAUAUGAGUUUCAUUACCAGUUUAGAACCUCACAUCCUAAUCUAUAUUCUUACCUCGAUAUCUGAAGGACUUACUGCAGUAGAUACAAUUGUCUCCUCCAGCUGUUGUGCUAGUUUAGACUACGUUGUCACCUACCUCUUCAAGCACCUCGCUAAAGAAGGCAAGAAGACUCUAAGAUGUAGAGACAUUUCACAGGAUGGACAGAGAUUACUUCAUUUCAUGCAGCAAAACCCAGAAGUUCUACAGCAG